GAGGCAGUUGCGUAAUCUGUCUUGUCAAACGCUUAAAGCGCUCGAGGAUCUCGUGUUGUGUGUCGUGUCGUUUUCAUUUGCGGCAUAUUGAAUGACGUGAUCUCCGUGUAUCCAGCGGAGGACAUGCGUUUACGCGCAACGCUUUGUUGAGCAAGAUCCACGGCCAGAAUAACACAACAGCCAUUAAGAGAAGACGAUCACACUGGAUUUAAUGACACUCCAUCAAAGCAUCACAUUCUGAUCAAACAAGACAUGGAUGGAUACCUGCCACCACAGUUCCAGACGCUGACAGACCAUAAGAAGUUCUGUCAAGACAAUUCACUGAUGAUGGACCAAUGCGCACCGUACAGCAUAAACAUGAAUGUUUACUUACCUGAUGUCACCUACCUACGGACUGGCAUGUGCAGGCCUGUGAGAUCCACGGUGCCGCAGAUCAAGACAGAACCUCUGCAUUCGUCUUUCAACUACUCCGCUUGCCACGGUGCGGUUGCGCCUGCUGUGCCGCACCAAGAGUACACAAACCUCUACAGCCCGGGUGCAGAAACCGGAAACGUUUAUGUCAAGCACGAGACGCCAUCCCUCGAAUUUCCAGAUGUUCCUUUGUUUCAACUGUUGAACUCUGAGCUCGACCCUAAUGUGCCUGGACCGCACGAUUCUCACAAUGUCGUAUGCCCGCAGAUGUCAACAUAUAACAGCAUUCAUCCACCGCCCGGUCAUAUUGCAGAGAGAUCCCUAUGUAACAUGGGAAGCGGCGGUUACCCUCUACCUGCUCAGGUGGGCCAGCAUCAUCCUCAGAAGAGGGCGGCUUAUCUUCCGCCCUCCCCGCCGAAUUCGGAACCCGGCAGCCCGGACAGGAGGAAAGAACUCAUACAGAACCUGUCGCCACCUCCGUCGUAUGCUGUGAGCAUGGCCUCAAAAAUGGCAGGUGUUUCCCCAGGCCCAGGUCUUGCUCCAUCUGUGCAAACGCAAGCAGUUCCUGCUCAAUUCACCCGCAGGAACAAUCCAGAUCUUGACAAACGAAGAAUACAUCACUGUGAUGUACCAGGGUGUAAGAAAGUCUACACCAAGUCCUCACAUUUGAAGGCCCAUUUACGGACUCACACAGGCGAAAAGCCAUAUAAGUGCUCGUGGGAGGGGUGCGAUUGGCGGUUCGCCCGUUCUGACGAGCUGACGCGCCACUUCAGGAAGCACACGGGAGCCAAACCUUUCCAGUGCGCCGUAUGCAGCCGUUGCUUCUCGCGAUCGGACCACCUGGCCCUCCACAUGAAAAGACACCAGAACUAGAGCCGCCCAGUCUCGUUGUUCUGACGGUGCUGCGGGAGAGCUAUCGGGACCUCUGAUGAUGAUACUAAUUAGGAUUUGGGUGUGUCAGGUUAAUCUUGGGUUUUGGCAGUUCAUCAGGUACAACAGGACCAAACCCUGCCGCCGGUACGGCUCCUGUGGUCACGAAACCAGCUAAUUGAUGAGAACAUUGCUCAUCUGCCAGUUGAGACAUUCUUUUGUUUGUUGUUCGAUUCAUUCGUCUGCAUACUUGGAGGUGAUUAUUUAUGACGCAACUACUUUAAAUGUGCCUUUUUUACCUUGUAGAUUUGAGGUGCCACAGGAAAAUAUACAAUUUAAGACGUUGUAGGCGGUUUUACUGCUCUUUAAGUGAACACUGUUAGUCGUGUCACGAGGUAAAUUAUAUCGUAACAACAGUCAGCUCUUGUUUGAUUUCAUUUUAGAGUUGUCGAACCAAACCCACAUUAAUGACACGAGCCGCAAAUGCUAAGUCAGAACAAAUUAACAUUUCUCGAAAGCUGCACUUAACCGUAAACGAAGCCGCAGAAAUUCUUGCGGGAACCACAGAGUGAUUAGAAAAUCAAGUGUAGCUUCUGAACACCAAAGAAACAGAAAGAGUGAAAUUCAGUCCAAAUUGUAAUUGGUUUUGAUGGUGAUUUAAAAGGUCAGCACCCGGUUUCACAGACAAGGGUUAAAGUCCAUUUUCUUAAAAAAAAAUCCAGAUAAUUUACUCACCACAAUGUCAUCCAAAAUGUUGAUGUCUUUCUCUGUUCAGUCGAGAAGAAAUUAUGUUUUUUGAGGAAAACAUUCCAGGAUUUUUCUCAUUUUAAUGGACUUUAAUGGACCCCAAUACUUAACAGUUUUAAAUUGCCGUUUUAAAGGACUCUAAAUGAUCCCAAACGAGGCAUAAGGGUCUAAUCUAGCAAAACAAUUGUCAUUUUUGACGUGAAAAAAAAAUGCACUCUAUCUCGUCCUGUGAGGCGCCAGCACGACCUCAAGCAAUACGUCAAGAGGUCACGGAUGACGUAUACGAAGCUACGCCCCAGUGUGGAGAAAGAGGACCGUUUCGAUGUUGUUGUAUGUCGAAUGAUACUUAUUAAUGUCUUUGUGUCAGUUUAUUGUUUAAAAUGGUUCGCAAAUGUGCGUUUCAUAUAUGUAACACGUGACCUUUCCACGGCAUUAAACAAUUACGUGAGGUCGCACUGGCGCGUCACAGGACCGGAGAUAGACGAGAAGUUGUGGUUUAAAAGUGCAUAUUUUUUAUUUUUCUUGUCAACAAUGACAAUCGUUUCGCUAGAUAAGACCCUUAUGCCUCGUUUGGGAUCGUUUAGAGUCCUUUUAAACUGCAAUUUAAAACUGCAUUAAAACUGUUACGUGUUGGGGUCCAUUAAAAUGAGAAGAAUCCUGGUAUGUUUUCCUCAAAAAACGUUAUUUAUUCUCGACUGAACAAAGAAAGACAUCAACAUUUUGGAUGACAUGGUGGUGGUGAGUAAAUUACCUGGAUUAUUUUUAAGAAAGUGGACUAAUCCUUUAAGUCUUAGACUAAAACACAUGUUGGAGCUGUCUCAACAGAAAAUAACUUGCACUGACAGAUCUUAAGAUGUGCCAGUAACAUCUUUUUCAAAGGCUUCUUUAUAAAAGAUCCUUAAACAUCUUAAUUUAACUAAAGCCUAGUCCUGGCUUUAGCUAAGCCUUGUCUGUGAAACCAGGCCAAAGUGUUUUACAGAGCACAAUCUGAAGUUUCAUAUACUGAUACGAACUCCUUUCGGUGUCAGUUUCGGUGUUUCACCGAAAAUGCAAUAAGAGGUACGACGAAUGCUGUAUUUUUCUGGCAGGACAGAUCAGAUAUCAUUUCCUUCCAUAGUGUAAUUGUUUGUUUACCUUACUAUGCAUUUGUUUGGGAUAAAUGAUAGCUUUAAAUGUACAUAUUCCUCCGGCGUGUAUUUAUUUUGCACAGAUUUGUUUUCUAUUUUAUAAAUGUAACUCGUGCUCACAUCAAAUGUGGCGCACGUUUGGGUUACAGGGACGCGGUUUUAGAAAUCUUUGCAGUAAUAGUGCUGUAAGUGGCUGCAUUAUGUGGAACAAUGCAGCUGCAUGUUUACAUUACUUUGUUUGGCUUACGGUGUGCGUUACAUCUGUAUGUGUGGAUUCAUAAAACCUUUAAUUUUCCAUUAUAAAGAUAAAAUGUU